GACAGAUGCAGAGGUCUACGUCAACCGGAUGGCCAUCGAGGAGUCUUUGGGCCUGUCUCAGGUGCUUCCUGCCGAAGUGGAGGAACGGCCUACGCCUGUGGAUCGUGGCUCCAGCACUCCGCUCAGCAAGCAGAGUGUCAAGAGGCUUUUGAAGAGCUUGCUGAGGAGCUUCAGCGAACCCGACUUCCAAGAGGCCAUCGAAAAGCUCCAGCAGACCGCCGACGCUUCGCCCCAUCCGUGCCGCGACCAGGGCUACUAUCAGCUUCCAGGGCGCGCAGCGCUGGCCUUCCCGGUGCAAGAACAACUCUUGCCCUGCUUUGGCCUGCCAGGCUCACGGCAGGGUGUCCAGCAGAUGAUCGCCCGUUGCGCAUGCUUUUUGGAGGACGAGGAGGUGGUGCAAUUGAUGGACUCCGUCAACAUGAAGCUGGGCAUGUCCCCCAGCGCCGCCGCGCGCUUCCGCACCCUGGCCAUGGAGCUGAAGUGAGGCGGUCGGCUCCCGUGGGUCGGCUCCCAUGGGUCGGCUGCGCGAUCGAGGAGGGUCCGGGAAGAGGAGGUCGGCCAUGGGUGAGCUUCGUGACCGGUUGACUUAAAUUAGUGAGUGAGAGAGUGUAAAUGGAAAUUCCCCUUCGAGUGCGAGGUGUGAGCUGAUGUGAGUACAGUCCGGGACUUCAAAGAGAGAGAAGAGACAAGGUAGGACCGUGCAUGGCACCUCUGUGCUGCAUCUGCAAAAAGCAGGACAAGAUUCAUUCGAUCCUGCAUCUGCAGGCAUCUCACCCCAACCGCUUUCCACCCCUUUCGGUGGCUCCGUGGUGGAGUUCGGAGUUCGGAGCUCGGUUCGGUUUUCGCUUUGGAACGGAGCGGCUCCGUGUCGUGGGGUCUAAAGGACCCCAAACGUCCUCGAAUCCUCAAGACGUUCUGGUCGAAAGCGAUGUAGUCAAGUCUAUGUCUUAUUUAUGGCUGAUGAGCAGAUGGGUAGUAGUCUCUUUAGGUAGUCAAGCUCUAUCUCACUCUCGUUCUUCAAUCCUUUUAUCAUUAUGAUAUAUCUUAUGUAAUUCUCAUCAUAUAGUAGGUUGGAGGCCAUCGCUGUUUCCUUGGAGCUUCGUUAGGGGAACACGCAGUGUCCGUGCCAUGUCUGUGCCGUCCAAGAAAUUGGUUGGAAGCAGAUCUCAAGUGAAAGUUGCUGUUCAGACUUGUACUUGGUCACCGUUUCGGGGCACGAAGGGGGUUGCACCUCCCAAAAGCCAAGGUCCCAGACUCUCAGAGCUCUUAGAGCUCUCAUUUGGAGACUCCGUCCGUCCAUGGCACCAGGUGCAUCCAGGUGCACUUGAAGGAGUGCCAUGGAGGUCAGCGAGGUUGCGGAAAGCUAAAGUACGGAAGAGGCCUUCCUCAGACAUCUAGUUCUGGCAAAGCUGCCGCUGCCUCUGCCUCUUUCCAAUUUGAAGUGGCGCGAACGCCGUCACUGGGAAUCACACGUUUUAGCCUAUGUUGCCAGGGUUGGGUAUUAGACGGCC